ACAUCUGAAUCCUUUACAUAUUUGUAUUCCGAUAUAAACAAUUGUUAAUUUAGCGCAGGAGCGAGCGUGGUUUUUAUGAAUGUUUUUGCGUAUCGCCGCUGGUGGGGGAAGGGUGGGGCCUCACUUGACUCGUCCCUCUGCUAGCGAGUAUUUUGAUUUAGUUUCCGAGUCUUACGCAGAUGUGGCAAUUUUUUUCAGUCGCGUGUGUACGGCGCGCGCGGCUUGCGGUAUAUUACGUGUUCUCUAUAAUUUUUUUCUCGAUUAUUUCCCGCGCUCGCUUACUUUUUGAACUUUUAGACGUGAACCGUGUUGUGUUGGUGAGUGCAGUAACAUUACGGAUCAGUGGAAAACACUAGUGACAUUGUGUGUGACCCGCUGUGCUUGUUGCGUUUGGAUAUCUUAGUAUAAGGUAUUUACCCGAUCGUCAUGUAGAGAACGGCGCGCGCAAGGACCCACAGAAACAAUGUUUGUCACGAACUCUUCCGAGAAAGAAUGCUUUGGCUGAUCACGAAGACUGAUUAAAAUAUUUAUUAGAAGAUUUAAGAAAUGAUGGAUCCAUGAAGUUUCUUCCUAGGACGGACUCGUUUCAGGUUGUGGUCCUCGAAAGAGUCCAAACACUGCAAUGACUACUGCGAUGGCCGCGCAUCAAGAAUCUAUCCACGAGAGAUUACAGCCGGCCACCGAGGACCCCAUCUACCUUCACCAUGGCCCGGCCUCGUGGCCUGAGGCUAGCGACCAUCAGGAGGAGCACAGCACCGACAUGUCCCCCUACUACAACAUGCCAAAAAGGAACAAGAGGAAAAACUUCAAACCCAGAUGCGCUCCGAAUGCAUCAGCUUUUUCUGACGAGUCGAACGGUGCUAACUACGAAGACAAUGGUAGCCCUGUAAAUGGUAACGAUAGAACAACACCAGAAAGAAUGGAAGAUAAGGACGAUUAUCCAAAAAUAGGCGUUAAAAACUUCAGUCUCCUAAAAGGAGGCGCAGUUGACCUCAGCAGGAGAUUAAGCACAGAUUCGAAUGAAAACAUAGAAUCAAAUUACCAAAACAGGUUACCCGAAGAUAAGAAGGUGGACACCUUCCAACGGUCAUACAUCCACAGCCUGCAGAUGAACCAGGAGGGAGAAAACGACAGAACCAUGUUGAACUUUAACAAUUUACAAAACAAAUCAUUUUGUGCCAAAAAUCCUUUUGCUAUAUCUCAGCUUAUUAAGACGAAUUCCCCUCCUAGGAGAAGGGAUUCUGAAUCCGAUGACGAUAAAGGUCGGGAUAUGAAUUCUAAUGAAAGGUUAGAGGGCCAAGAGCCGAUGGAGCUUGAUACUCCUCAAAAUGGUGAUACAAGUAACACUACUAAUAGAAUAUUAAGAGACUACGCCAUGAAUACUAUGAAAGAGUUGCUUGGGAUUUACGGUUUGUCGUCGAAUGAAGUGGCCGAUGCUAUCACGGGACAGAUUAGAGCUCUGGAAGCACUUCAAGGCAAACCGUUCACCCAGCUACCACUAAGUCUGAAGAGACGGCACGACUCUACCAUCGAGGAUGGCACUGAGAGAAGUCUUCGAAGAUCCUCGUCGGCGACAGAAGACGAGGGAUCAACUAACAUUACUCCACCGAAAACUCCUGACAACGAUUUAGAAGCACAGAGACAAAGAGCUUUGCAAAUAAUCAACCAACAAUCGAUGAGGCUGUUCAACAGAUCCCAAGAGGAAGAUGGCAGCGGCUCCGACGAUGGAGACCAGACCCUAGACCUCAGCGUGUCCAGAGACACGGAUGGACAGGAACAAUCGACGACCUCCAGCGCAGGCAACAGCGUGUCCGAGUUCGAACAACAGAAUAUUAUAAUGAGAAAGAAUUUGGAGGAUUUGGCACAUUUACAAAUGCAAGGCUACUUUCAAAAGCAAUCAAUGGAUGGUGACGAUUCACAAGAAAGGAAGCUCCAGGCAAGCGGACUGCUUACCGCGCUGAAUCAUUUGGAUCAGGCGCGUAAGAACUCAAUGCAGACCACGGUUGACUACUCCAGAUAUGUUAAAAGAUACAGUUCCACGUUAGAAUGUGGGUCCUCAUACUGCAAGGAUUUAGGCUAUCGGGAACAUUUCCACUGCAUGGACUGCACAGCCAGGGUAUUCUGCAAGAAAGAAGAGAUGAUAAGGCAUUUUAAGUGGCACAAGAAACGCGACGAGUCCUUAGCCCAUGGAUUCAUGCGAUACUCUCCGCUGGACGACUGCUCAGAGAGAUUUAGCGACUGCCCCCACAACCGCAGCCAAACGCAUUACCAUUGUAUACAGGAUGGCUGUGAUAAGGUGUACAUAUCAACAUCAGACGUGCAAAUGCACGCGAACUACCACAGGAAGGACUCCGCAAUCCUCCAGGAGGGAUUCCAGAGGUUCCGUGCGACGGAGAGCUGUGCAGCCCCCCACUGCAUCUUCGCGGGGCAGAGGACCACCCAUUUCCACUGCAGGCGACCCGGCUGCACGUAUACAUUCAAAAAUAAGGCUGAUAUGGAAAAACACAAAACCUACCACAUCAAAGACGAGGCUCUCUCGAAAGACGGCUUUAAGAAAUAUAUGAAGAAUGAAGCAUGCCCGUACCGCGACUGUCGGUUUAGCAGGACUUGCAACCACAUCCACUGCAUCAGACCGCACUGUAACUACGUGCUGCACUCUAGCAGCCAGAUCUUCACUCAUAAACGAAAGCAUGAGAGGAAAGAACAGGAGAUUAAUUUUGGUCUUCCAACUUCGGUGAUCCAGAAUGCCCUGCUGCAGCAGCAAGGCGCCGACAUGAGCAUGUACUCCCCCGGGAGCAACCUCCACAUCGAUGACGACAUGUCCAAUUCCAUGCUUGAUAACGAUUACUCGCAUCAAUUUAACCCAGCCAUGGUAGAAGAAAUUACUAGAAGAUACAUAGAAACGUUCAAUGGCGGUAAAGAUGCCGAUGACAAAUGCAGUAAAUGCAGCGCCUUCAACAAGCAUUACCAUUGCUUGGCUGAUGGAUGCAAAAUGGCUCAUAGCUGCCACACAACGAUGGCAAAACACGCCAUAGAGCAUGAACAACAGAAUCAAGUAACCGAGGCUUACUUCGUGACGUACACGCGGAACAACCCUUGUGCGAACUCAGCCUGUCAGCAUAUAAGGGACAUCACGCACUAUCACUGCACUUGGGAAAACUGUGGCGCAGUCAUCCUAUCAUCAGAAGAACAUCCCUUCAAACGCCUUGAACACCAUCGUCAGCACGCAAUACUCAGCCCUAUGUCGCCUAACUUAGCGGCGAGAUUCGCACCAAACUUUGCUCCACAACUAUCCGCCCAGUUGCACCCCAACAUGGCAGCACAGUUAGGACAAGUGCCAAGUUUGCCAAACCUUCCGCCAAACUUGGCCCAGUUGGCGCAAAUGGCACCGAGUCUCAGCUCGCAGUUGACGCCUAACUUGCAAGCCCAGCUGAACCUUGGACCCAACCCUAAUGUAGUGCCUCAACAAGUCAAUCCUUCAAGUUCGCUGGACGAGAUGUUUAGCAGGAAGAGAGGAAGACCACCGAAGAAUAGGGUUGUCGAAGUUUGGACCGGUAAUUUUCAGGUUACACCAGAAGCUAUUUUCACUUCGUUCAAACUACCGAAGAGCAAUCAACAGCCGCCUGUCAUUCAGUCCCCAGUUAUUGCUACGGUCGAAGAGUUUCCUCGCAUCAAAUUCCAACAUUUUGAAGUAUACACCAUCCCAGAUACUUGCAUAUCUUCGUACCCCAACUGCCAACUGCGCAUGACCAGACUGCACCUGCACUGCUUCAACUGCAGCUUCGCAGGCGAAACCCACUCCAUCAUGGAAACCCACAUGAGGGAAUCCCACUCUAUCGCACCUCUAUUAGAGGGAUUCGACUACUUCGCGUCCUACGACCAAUGUGGUGGAAAGAGCUGCUUCAAGAACCAACUGAGGUCUCACUUCCACUGUGCUCAAGGGAACAAUUGUCCAGCAAUUUUGACCCAAUAUUCGGCCUUGGCCACACAUAAACAUGGCAGAGGAACGCCGGUGAUCAAAAGUGAGGACCAAGAGAGGCAGUAUGAGGAAGCCAAAGAUUAUUCGUUGAAGGAACGAGCUUCGGUGGACAGCGUUAGUUCUAUGAAGGAUCCUGAGUCCUACACUCCCGCUAACUUCUCGAUUAAGAGUGAGUUCGAGAGGGAACAGGAUAAUGUUUCUGUAGUAAAAGCGACGGGCACGUUUUACCCGUCCUCUCACCUCCGAAGCAACUCCUCGCCCUCCCCCCGCAGCAUCUACGACGCUUCCCCCUCCAAGGACUUCAAACUUCGCAUGGACUUCGAGAAGAAGUACGAUCAGAAGACUAGUGGGCCGACCAUCCCUCCAUCUUGUCAUGACCAGGCUUGCCCCCUUAAUAAGAAUGCUGGAGGCAUGAACUUGCACUACCAUUGUCCUCAUUGCAGCCAGGCGUAUGUGGAUUUGAAGUUGCUCUUCAGUCAUAUGGUGAAGAAGCAUAGUAAUACGUCCGAUACUGGAUCAGCAGGACUCGCUGCUACUAAGGAGACCCUGGAACGAGAGUAUCCAGAGAUAUCGAUACUGCCGUCCACCGCGUCCUCCUCCUCCGUGAGCCAAGCGCCGUCACCCAGUCAGAGACCGCCCAACCCUGCUGAUCAGGUGCAAGCGGUGCAAAGCUUGCUUCUCCAGCAAUAUCUAGCUGGUGGGAGGAAAGGAAGCCUCCAGGAGCAGUUGAAGAUGCAGCAGCAGUACACGGCGUCCUUAGCUGGUCUGCCGGGACUGGCGCAAGUUGCUCUCUUCUCGCAAGGUGGAUCUCCCUUCCCUCUCUAUCCAACAAUGCUGUACCCACCAGAGCUACUACUGGAACAAAGUCUGCUCCAAGGACACGGUCUUCCUCCAGGACUGGACAAAGAGGCUGAAAUGAUUGCUAAAUCGAGACGCACGCAAGCGACUCGCGGGCCGCACAUGCGCGUGCUGAAGGACGAGCCCAUCCCUGAGGGCUACCUCCGGUUCCGGUUCAACGAGGACUGCGCGUACCAGAACUGUGGAUACAGGGAGCAUCAAACCCACUUCCACUGCACUCGCAAGGAUUGCGGCUACUCGUUCUGCGACAAGACGCGAUUCGUUCAGCACACCGCUAGACAUGAGAGACUGGACACGCUAAUGGGUGGCGACUUCCAACAAUAUCGUGCCAAUGUAUACUGUCAGAGGCCCGACUGCCCUCACGCUUCUACAUUUGGUACAGGCCAGAACAAGGCGUCUCACUUCCACUGCCUCAAGUGCGACUUCGUGUGCACCGACACCAACAAGGUGGUGGCUCAUCGGCGGCAGCAUCAGAAACUUGACUCCAUCCAGGCCGCUGGCUUCGAGAAGUUCCCUCCCAGCAAAGGUUGUGGCUUCGAGCCUCAGUGUAUCCACAGCAAGAAGCAGACCCACUACCACUGCCUGCAAUGUGGGUUUGCUGUCCUGGGCCUCUCGCAGAUGACGUCACAUAAGUACAAACACCAGGAGGCGAAUCUGGGACCCUCCACCAGCGGCACCAACUGACGACCACUCAUGUACAUAAUAAUACGUAGUUAUUGUAUAUAGUAUUACAAGUGAGAUAUGGACUUUGUGAAAAUGUGACAAUACUUUGAAUUAAGAUUCAGAUAGAAUGACUUGUGAAUUAAUGAUCACUGUAGUGUUCAAACGUCGUUCAAUUCUGGCUGUAAUAUGGUAAUGAUUAAAAUUUCUACCAUAAUCUACCAAAAUGGUAGCUUUCUGAUUACGACAAAAGUGUGUCCCACAAUAAUUGUGCCUUACACGCGAAUGAUUUUGGAACGAAAUUGUGGCAAAAACGUGCCAAAAGAUUUUUAGUAUAGUUUAUACGAAUGUUAAAAUUUUAAACUUUAUGAUAUGUGUGCUCUGGAUUUAAGAGUUAAUGACCGAAUUAGGUAUUUUCCUAUAUGUACGAACAAAUGUAAUUUAAUCACAUCGUUACGGUUUAAGAAUAGUGAUGCAAAAAAAAAGAAAAAAAAAGUAUUUUUAUGAAAAAAAAACAACAAAACGACUUGGAAAUUUAAUUUAAAUAGUCGAUAUUUUUUUUUACUGUCGCUGUUCUUAAAAAGUUUCAAUGUGUUAGAGCAUGUUUAUUAUAAAAUGUGUGUAUUACCUAAAUCCUGACCAAUCGUAGAUAUUAGAUGAUAAAAAAAAUAUAUAUUUAUAUUUAUUACUUCCCCAUUGAAAAAAGACAUUUUUACGAAUAGUAUUAUUAACGUAGAUUUCACAAAAGUAAGGCAAUAAUGUUUGGGUUAAAAACGCCAUCUUGUGCCUGUUAAUGACAAUAUAUUUGCGUCGAAAUAGUUUCUGAUAGAUCACUCGUUUCUACUAAAAAAAAUAAGCUCUCAUAAAAAAAAUACAAAACAGUAGAAAUUUAUUGACUGGCAACACUAAAUUAGCAGAGAGCCGAACCCAGUCUAAAAUAUAUUAAAAAAAUAUUUUAUAAAAAAAAUUGUCAAUUCUAUAAAAAAACAUUUGUAAAUAAGCAUAGAUAUAGAGAUAUAUAGAGAAACUAGUAAUUGUUACGAGAAUAUUGGUAUACAAAAAUUAAUGUAUAAAUUUUACAUUGAUCAGUGUACAGUUUAUGAAAUGCUUAUGUGAUCCACGAGGCAGCCAUAAAAUGCCAUAAAUUUCAUUUUUAAGUAUAUUAAUUCUAUCAGUCAGUAUUAAGGCAGAUAAUCCUUCUAAACCUUUUGCAUUCCUGUAAUUUGAUUCCUGGCAUCCGUUAGCCAUUUAGUUAUAGAAAAUGGUCUCCUACCAUUUUUUUCGUGACCAAAACAGUUGACCCUAUUUCCUAUAGCAUAUCAGUAUUUGUAGCGUAAGCUGUCCGAUUGUUCCUAUGACGUCAUUUUCUACAAUGUAUUUUUAAUUUUAUUUUAGGAAUGGUAGAUUUUCCGCCAGUGGCAACACUCUGUUAGUGUCAAAGGGACCGUGUAACCCGGUUCUUGCAUCCCUUUUGUAAUUGUAAAAUCUAUCAUUAGAACUAUUUGCAGACCUCUUUUAUACAUAUAUAAAUGUAUCGGGGUCCCUUUCGGAAAAUUUUACCUAACAUAACGAAUCAGGAUUUCAUACUUAAUGUUGGUAACUUUAAAAUUAUUUGAACGUCUUAUAAUGAAACGGUAUUUUUAUUUUUGUGACAUUUUUUUACAAAUUGUACAAACAGAAAGGAGACAUCGAAACAUUGUACAAAUUGCAAAAUGAAUGUUGCCAGCAACAAAACAAGGUAGAAAAUUAAUUGAUAAUGUAGCGAUAUGUUUUUCGAAAAAAAUUUAGAUACCUUUAGUUUUCGAAAUAGUCGGUGCCAUAAGAAUAAUUAUAAUUAAUGUAAUCCACAUUCAAUUGGCAGAAUAUUGGUCACAAGAAGCGCAUCAUCCGCUUUCAUUGUUAUAUAUUGUUUUGUUAUUUAAUUUUACGUUCAUGUUUUUUUUCGAACUCUUUAAGUUUUCUCUCGCAAACUCUUUAAUAUAUAUAAUUAAAAAUCCUAAUUUAAUCACGUAUUUAUGUAUUUAGAUUUUUAGCUUUAAUUUUAGAAUACAAUAUCUCCUCACAGUAUUGUGUCUGCACGAAUAAUGAGUAUUAUGGAGUGUUCUGAUUUCUCCGAAAUCGUGUGUGUCGUACAAAAUUUCGUUUAGAUAUUAAAUAAGUUUGGAAUACGAACACUUAGACGUUUGUGAAGAAAAUUGGUAUUAAAAAUAUAUUUAGUUUUGUUUACCUCAUGAGUUCUAGGAAUUAAACAACAAUAUCCUUUA